AUGGUGGAUGAUGAAAAUGACUCAAAGUUUGGGAUUUUUUGGAAAGGAUUCAUUGCUUGCCGCAUUCUUCCACCAAGGGACUUGAAGCUACCGCUACUCGCAAUGAAGCCGAAUGGGAAACUUCUUUUCGCCCUCUGCAUUCAUUCGGAUGAAGAGAAGGCCUUCACAGGGACAUUCACCACCGCAGAAAUAAGAAAAGCGUUGGAUUUGGGUUACAAAAUUACCAACGUUUACGAUGCAGUGGAGUAUGAAUCAUGGGCCAAAAACGAUGCUAGUGGAGAAGGCGGAUUGUUCACCUCUUAUAUGAACAAGAUGAUCGCCCUCAAAAUUUAUGCGAGUGGAUGGCCAUCUGAUGUGAACACCGAUGAAGAGAAAGAGACGUUCGUCGACGACUACAGGAAACAAGGAAUCAUUUUGGACAAUUGGGACCUUUUCGAUGAAAGUCCAGGACGUCGUCUCUCCUCCAAACUCUCCAUAAACUCACUCGUAAGUUUGGAAUUCAAAGAGAUGCAUCAAUGUAAAUUUUCAGUGGGGGAAAGUGACGCAAUCAUGGAAAAUGUCUGGACAUUCAAAGGAACAGAAAUGGUGGGUGGUGCACCGGACCAGAGAGGAAGCAUUAAGAAGCUUGGGGAAAAAGCUCCAUGCACAUUGCAGCACACGUCCCAUCCUAUGGACAAUUUCACCUCAUUGUCGAUCUCCUAA